AAGCAGGUCGACUAUUUACACCGCUCAGCCAGAGAGAGGCUGCAGACCGCUUCUCCGCCCCGAAAGAGUCGGCAUCGAGCAUCCAUGUGACAAGCGGACUUUGGGAUUGGGAGCGCAGAUUAAGACAAGUCUACUGCUGGAAAAAAAUUUGACUCGCUGGCUGGAAGACGUUUGAGUUUUAAACUCUCCUGUUGAUAUAAAUGUGCACGUGUACACCAGAGCUGCAUUUACCUCGGACACUUCGGUCUGGACUCUUCUGACAGUCGGAGUGGAGCAAAAGUCAUUUUAACAACUCACAGCUCGCCGUUCCUCUCAGGAUAUUCACGUCUGCAAAAUCUGAGACUGCUUCUCUAUCUCUUUGAUUCUUCUUCCUGGAGCAAACCCGAGGAUGUUGUUCCGCUGGUUGAACCCUCCCUCCUGGUCCACCUGUAGGUUUUUCUUUUGCUUUUUGCUGCUGCUCCAAACGCCCCAGUCUUCCUCUCCGCUAAUUACAGGUACUGAGGCCAGCUGUGACAAUGAAGGAGAGGUUCUCCACAUCCCCAACAUCACCGACAACCCCUGCAUUACAUGCGUCUGUCUGGAUGGUAAAGCAGACUGUAAACAGGAGAAAUGUCCACUUGUCUCAGAGGACUGUGCUCUGGUGGUGAAACAGACUGGAGCUUGCUGUGAAAGGUGUAAAGGUUGUACGUUAGAUGGAUGCUCCUAUAACAGUUCAGUAUCCUGGACCACCUCCACGAAACCCUGCAUAACAAGACGUUGUCAGGAAGGUGUCAUCACUGAAGCAGAAGUUCAGUGUGUCAUCCACUGCAAAAACUCCAAAAACCACCCAAAGAAGUGCUGCCCCACCUGCCCCGGUUGUAUCUUUGAGGGUCGUCUGUAUAAAGAGAAUCAGGAGUUCAGUCCAGAAGGGAAACCUUGCAUCAAGUGUACCUGCACUGGAGCCCGAACUCUCUGCACAAGGGAGGUGUGUCCCAUCCUUUCUUGCCCCUCUCAGCUCACCCACACCCCGCCUGGACAGUGUUGUCCCAGAUGUGUCGGUCAGAGGAAGGUGUUCGAUCUCUCUUUGGGAAGCUGUCUGUUCUACAGUCAGGUCUAUGACAAUGGCACCUCCUUUAUACACGACAACUGUACCACCUGCACCUGCCAGAAUUCCACUGUAGUGUGCAAGAAACGCUGCUCGCGGCAGGGAACUUGCCAAGGCAGCCACUGCUGUGAGGAGUGUCUGUCCUAUGUAAAGGUGGAGGAGGUGAAGUACUGCAGAGUCCGGAACAAGAUCUACAGGGAAGGAGACAUGUGGUCAUCAGUUAACUGUACUCUCUGUACUUGCGUUAAAGGCAGCAUUGAGUGUCAGCCCAAACAGUGUGUACCAAUCACCAGCUGCCCCUCGAAUAAAAUCCUGAACAGAACUGGCUGCUGCCCAGUUUGCACUGAAAAGCCAGGCGUGUGUACAGUCUUUGGCGACCCUCACUACAACACCUUUGACGGCAGGACCUUUAACUUUCAGGGAACUUGUCAGUAUGUUCUGACUCGUGAUUGUGGUAGCAUUCCCUCUGGAGGGCCUGGGAAUAACAUCAACCUCAACAGCCCAGACUCGAGCUUCACGGUGUUGGUGAAGAAUCACGCCCGGAGGACUCGCUCCUUCUCCUGGACUCAGUCUGUCGAGGUGAAGCUGGGUAGUUUGAUCCUCAGCCUGCACCAGCACUUAACGGUACGGAAGAAUGGUACUCGCAUCGCCCUGCCCUACCAUGGUCCUGGGGUGCAUGUAGACCUGGAUGGAUACCUGCUCAAACUCACCACCAUUGCAGGUCUGGAGAUCACAUGGGAUGGUGACAGUUUUGUGGAGGUUGUAGCUGCUCCUCAUCUGCGUGGGCGCCUCUGCGGCCUUUGCGGCAACUACAAUGGCCACAAGCGUGACGAUACCAUAGGCGGUGACGGGCAGUUCAAGUUUGACGUGGACGAGUUCGCAGAGUCAUGGAGGGUCGAGGGAAAUGAGGUUUGCACCAAACAUCACCCGCCUCGCAGGCCAACUUCAUUCCUGUGCCCCGGCAGCGUUAAAGUCAAGUUCAGGGCUCACCGGGAGUGCCAGAAGAUAAAAUCGUGGCUUUUUAGUAAGUGCCACAGUGUGGUGGACUUCGGGUCUUUUUACAGGUCGUGUGUGACGGACAUGUGUGAGUGUCCAGUCCAUAAAAACUGUUACUGCGAGACCUUCAUCGCCUACAGCAGAGCCUGUGAGAGGGAAGGUGUGCCCGUCCUUUGGAAACCCGAAGCUGCUUGUAUGGCCACCCAGUGUAAACACGAUGCAGUGUACGACACCUGUGGUCCAGGCUGCACCAAAACCUGUGACAACUGGAAUGAGAUCGGACCGUGCCGUAAGCCGUGCGUGGCCGGCUGCCACUGCCCCGCCAACCUGGUGAUGUUCCAGGGACGGUGCAUCAAACCCACAGCAUGCCCUGGACGGUGACCCCUAUGAGCUGGGGGAAGGGGACUGAAGGGAGGGUCAUCUGAACUAAAACUAAGGGUCCAAACUAGCAAAGCAGAGUUUGGGAAGACACUAACGGGUCUCAAGUUGACAGAUAAGAUGCAACAAGGUACUCAGGGUCCAUAACUUCACAAGGAAGUACGCUGUCGUGACUUAGAUGCCAGCGAUCCAAACAAUGGUGACGGACUGAAGGGAAACUCAGAUGAUCAUCUGAUCACGGAGCGUUCGAUUUCUGACUUCCUCUCGCCUCUUUGUCACACUGUUACUACACCAGUCGCCACCAAUUACAGUUUUGGAGAAUAAAAACUAAAAUCUCAAGCGACAACUUAAGUUGCAUUUGGAGAUUUUACAACCCACGAAUUACAGGAACUACGGCAUGUUGCCAUGGACCCUCAGGGAACAGUCUGGGGCCAGCGGACUCCUCUUAGAGCCAACAUGGCGACUGAGUUUCUCUCGCAAACACAUUAAAGUGAACAACAGAGCAUCUGCAUUUGGAAUAGUGAGAUUCAAAGUCAAAGAGAAACUCGGAUUCAUCAUAUCAAAACUGAACUUAUCAUCUCUAUUCCAUCAUUUCAUACUGUAAGCUAGCCAGAUUUAUAUGAAAGACAGACAAGCUUUUAUAUAAUUAUUGUUCUAAUUAUUAAUAUUAUUGCUAUUAUUUGUUGUUGAUGUUAAUUUAUAUAUCAGUCAAAUGAAAUGUUGUAGCAAGAGCCAGAAUCAUGAAUAUAAUUGUGUUAUAAAUGAUUUAAAGGGAAACAAAAGCUAUUUAUGUAUUUGUUGUGUAUUUUUUGUUACUGUUUGAAGAGAAAUGCCCAAAUGUGACUCAGCUGUUGCACCAUCGCAGGGAUUAAGUACUGUAUUGUAUUAUGCUCAGUGUACAGGUUGUAGUGGUUAGUAAACUGAAGGUGUUCGUGUAAGCAUAUGUUUCACUUGACGAUAAUUAUUUAAGACCAGCAAUAUAAUCUUUUCUCGAAGUUCA